AUGACGAAUUCUUCUACUGAAUUUAAUGAUUUUACCUCUGAAGGCCACAGACGGCCUUCAAAGCACGUUGUACUUGUUCUUGAUUUCGGCUCCCAAUACUCUCGUCUAAUUGUACGACGCCUUCGUGCCAUUGGCGCUUACUCGGAGCUUAUUGAAAUAUCAGCAAUACGUCCUGCUGCAGUAGUACUUAGUGGGGGCCCCUCUUCGGUGUAUGAGGAGGGGGCCCCCCAUUUAAAUCGUGAUGUAUGGGAGUUAUUACAAGAAAAAAGGGUACCUAUUUUAGGUAUUUGUUAUGGUAUGCAGGAGAUAGUAUACCAAUUAGGAGGAAGAGUAAUAGGAGGAGGAGAAGCAAGAGAGUACGGCAAAACUAUUAUUACUAUUAAUAAUUAUAUUAAUAAUAAUAAUAAUAAUAAUAAUAAUUUAAUGGAUAAUGAUGCAGCAGCAGCAGAAGCAAAGGAAGCAGAAUUAGCAGCAGAUGAAGCAGCAGCAGCAGCAGCAGCAGCAGCAGGAGGAGGGGAGCCAUGGCCUGUACCUGCAGCGCAUGCAGCAACAGCCCCAUCAUUAGGGGAUUUAUUUUAUGGUAUAAAAGGACCAGAUGUACAAGUAUGGAUGAGUCAUGGAGAUAAAGUUGAACAAUUACCUUCUUCUUUUAUUGUAAGAAUUAUUUGCAUGCAUAUAUGCAUGCAUGCAUUAGCAUCAACAUCUUCUUGUCCUUAUGUUGCUGCUGCUGCACCUAAUUUAGGUGUAUAUACACUCCAAUUUCAUCCCGAGGUUACGCAUACACCCUGCGGUGUAUAUAUACUAAAGAAUUAUAUAUUACGUAUAUGUAAAUUACAAUUAAAUUGGUGCAUGCAUACAUAUUUACCUAGACAGAUACAGCUACUGCAGCAACAAAUACAAAAAAAACAUGUUAUUGGGGCUUUAUCUGGUGGUGUAGAUUCAACUGUUGCUGCUGCUCUUCUUUAUAAGGCUAUAGGUAACCAAUUCUAUGCUUUUUUUAUUGAUACAGGAUUACUCAGGAAGAAUGAGGCAGAAGAGACAAUGCAUGCAUUAAGGAAUUGUUUUCCUGAUUUAUCUAUUGAGUGUAUAGACGCAAAAGAUAGAUUUAUUAAUGCAUUAGUAGACGUAAAAGAUCCAGAACAAAAAAGAAAAAUUAUUGGGGCUUUAUUCAUUGAUGUAUUUGAGGAAGCUGUACAAAAAAAAAAUAUUCCCGUUAAAGGGACUCUUCUAUUACAGGUAUAA